AUGGAGAAUAUUAAAGAAUCAGAAACGAAUUCAGAAAAUCAAUUAGAAUAUAUUGGUUUUAUGAAUUCUGUAAAACAAGUUAAAAGAAAUAUUGAUAAAUUAUCAUAUUUGAUUCUUCUAGGUGGUAUGAUAUUAGGUAUGGAAAUCUCUUCAUUAACUUUAUUUUUAAAUGAAAGUUAUUUUGUGGAAUAUUUUGGAUCUCUUACGUCAUUUAGGCAAGGUUUGUUAACUGCUGCCAGUCCAUUAGGUGGGAUCUUUGGAUGUAUGAUGUAUGGAAUAAUUAUGAAAUCUAAAGGUAGGAUAUGGAGCUUCCGAUUUGGUACGACUCUCUGGAUUAUAGGCAGUAUAAUUGCUGCUAGUGUUUGGAAUAUUUGGAUAAUUGUCAUUGCCCGGUUUCUUAAGGGCAUUACUGUGGGUAUGUUUUCUAUAUUAUUAACUGCAUACAUUAAUGAAAUAUUCCCCAUGGAACGAAAGGGAAAAUCUAUAGCAAUAUUACAUUUUGGAACCACGGUUUCAAUUUUUCUUACAUAUUUGUUAUGUUCAGUUUUCAAUUUUUUGAAAAAUCAUUAUUCAUUUCGAAUAGUUUGGAUGAUUGAAUCCAUUCCAGCUAUCUUUUUAUUAAUUGGUACAUUGUGGAUGCCCGAAUCACCACGUUGGUUAACAUUACAUGGAGAAUAUGAAAAAGCUAUUAUGGUUCAAAAUCGAUUAAUUAAAGAAUAUAAUUGGAAAAAAAUUCGUAAUUUUUUUGAAUUAACUGAUAAAUUAGAUAUCAUAACGUUGUAUGGUAAAGAGAGUGAAUCAUAUGGGUAUAAUGAAUUAUUUAAACAAGGAUGCUGGAAACAAAUGUUAUUAUGCAUAUUACUUCAGAUUUUAUUAAAUUUUAGUGGGAUGAGUAUUUUAUUGUAUUAUAUACCAUAUGUUUGUGAAAUGAUUGGAUUAGAAAACGAUUUUAAAAUCUUGGCAGGGUUAGCACCAUAUUUUGUUAAUAUGUUAUUAGGAUUAUUACCAUUAACAUAUAUUGAGAAUAUUGGCCGUAAAGAUUUGAUAUUAGUUGGAUCUAUCCCAUGUUCUAUAUUUAUGAUAUUAAUUGGAACCAUCAUGGGUGUUUGUGGGUAUUCAAUUGAUACUUUAGAGGGCAGUACGGGUGUUAAUAAUAAUAAUAAUUCUAUUAAUUGGAAAGUUGAUUUCCAGACUGGGUCAAUAAUUUUUGCCUUAUGUUUAAUAUUCAUAUCAUUUUUCACAUUAACUUUAGCUAAUGGGCCUAAUAUUUAUAUUGGAGAAAUCUUGCCAUUAAAUGCCAGACCCAAAGGUUUCAUAUUAAAUAUUUUCAUUGGAUGGGUAUUAAAUUUUUCUAUUACGUUAUUAUGUCCUUUAUUAUUUUGUAAAUUGAAAUGGGGGGUGUUUCUAUUAUUUGGGAUAAUUAGUUUAAUGAUUUCGAUAAUUUUAUUUAAAUGUUUAAUUGAGACUAAAGGAUUAGAAAUUGGAGAGAUUAAUAAAUUAUUUGAACCUAGAACUGGUAGAAUUGAGAAGGAUGUACAAGAUAGUAGUGAAACAAAGGAAUUUAAUUUUAUAUCUUCAUUGAAAUCAAAUAGUGGACAAGAUGGAACAGGGAAAUUGGAUGAAGAGAAAAGCAAUUUCAAGUUUUUAGAUGAUGAAAAGGAAAUCGAAUUAAUUACGCCAAUUACUUUUAGUAUUGCUGAUGAUGAGAUUGACUUAGGGCAAGUCGAGCAAGGAAUAUAA